AUGAAGCUAAGCCUUUGUAGCGUCCUUUUUGCCUUCGUCUUGUGCUGCCUCUGCGGAGCAUCCCAGGGUAUACAUGAAGAAGAGCAAAAGGGCGGAGUAAAGAACGACCUGGGGAAUGUAACAAUAGAAGUCCUGCCCGCUGACGAUGAUGACGAUGAUUUGGAGUUAACCAAUUAUUUGUUGGACGAACUGAUGGACAGGGAUAACGUGGAGAGUGACCAACUGUGA